UCCAAUUGUUUAUUAUGUUUAGCAAUGAGAACUGUAUGAUACACAUUAGAUGAUUCUUUCAGAAGCUUCUUUUUUAAACUGUAGAUUUUAAUCGUUGCUUACGGUUAUCGGAAGUCACUUCGACCGAAGCGGCUUGUUAAAAAAAAAAGUAUUUUGCCUUAGCUUGUUGUGUUGUAUCAAUAGUAGAAGCUAAAAAUUCUUUCCAACAUGAUUGCUUAAAAUAUUCUAUGAUUUAUCGUUACCCGCCAUUUCCGUUUGUGUAGUCUGUCGAGCAACGUAUCGCAUUAUGAGAGUUGAAUUAAGCAGGAAGGAUGUGGUGUCUUGUUAUCUCGUUUUAUUUUUUUAAUAAGAGAAGCCUUUGUAAAAUCAACUGAAGCAGGUGCUGAGAUUCAUUUCAUUAGUAAACUUUAAGCAAGUAACAACCCCUUUCUCUGUGGAAAAUAACCUGCUGCGCAGAACCAGAUGCGUCCAAAAGAUCAUCUUUUUUUACAUCUGGUGCUUCUUUGUACCAUGGUUUCGUUGACAGCCGCCCAAUUCUGGAACUCGUCAACGGACACAAGCUUUUUCAUUUCUGUUCCAGAGGAAAGAGAAGAAAACAAUUUCACGAUUCCAAAGCGUCUUCCUUGGCAGGAGGCUUCGGAGCAUUGCAUCCGACUUAACGGAGGUCUCCCUCGUGCGAGCCAUUUUGAUUUGCUUCUAAACUCAUCUGUUUGGACUGCAGAGCAGCCAGUAUGGAUAGGACUGAGUUGGAUAGAAGGCCGGCUUCAAUGGAUGGGUCACGUACCGAUGGAGGAGCUGAAUAUGACAGCGAUUCAGUACUAUGCUGAGAGAAGAGUUGAUCCGGCCAAAUCGUGCUAUUCUAUGGAUCAAAAUAAAGUUAUUACAGAAACGUCCUGUCAUCAGCAACUGCCUUACGUUUGCGUUAUGGUAGUCGGGGACGAAGCGGAGGAAAGUUCACCGGCAGGUAGAGACAUUAAACCGGAUUUAAUUCCUGGUGGAAAGUAUAGGUCUCAUUCGCCUUUUUUGGUGAUCGAACCUUCGGCUGAGGAGGGCUCUAAUUUAUCCUGUCAAGUUAAUCCUGUCGAAUUGACAGAUUGCUUGCGGUACCAGUUUCGUUGGCUGAGAAAUGGAGCUUUCAAAUCAGAAUUUGAUGGCAACGUGAGUAUUUCAGAUUCAAAUUUCGGAUUCGGAUCCGGAGAGGCUUCACUGAUCGCAAAAAAUCUGUGGUGGAUUUUGAAUUGGACUGGAAAAGUUGCCUGUGAAGUAGUGUGCGCUUCAUCGGGAAAAGCUUACCGCUCUAAAGAACAGAUUUUGGUUUUUCCUCAAUCUGUUAGCUUGCGAGUCGAAUUCCAGUUCAAAACAAUCAAUUUUUCAGCCAUGCAAAAUUACUUUGAGAUGUUCAUGCAACCUGAGCUUAGGAACCAAACAGGUAUCCCAUCCCAACUGUUGCCAGUUUUUCACUUGGAUUAUCCGCCAUUCUUGUCUUAUCCUGAAAAUUCUACCAACACAUACAGUUUUUAUGUCCAUUGGGCUAAUAUGGACUCAAAUGGAACGCAAAAAUUAAGCGUUUUCUUACGAAACGUUCAAAAUUCGGAUACAUUCAGUUACUGGAUGAGCUUGGUUGAUGGUGUCGGCAUAAAAUACGAAGAGUAUUUCCAAAAAGUUCAAGUGAUUAUGCUUAAUUAUUGCCUCGACGGAGAAACAGACCCAACUUUAGUGUUCGCCAAUCAAGCCACAUCGUCCACAGCAUCUGAUUCGCGCUACCGUGACGAAGAUUUACACGAAUGUCGUUACGCUACUAGCCAGUGUAAAGCUGAUUGGUUCAAUUCGACCAGAUUCGUUAAACGGACAACGCGGCCCUACGUCUGUUUGAAUUGCAUGGCUUCCUUUCACGACUUCAACGGACGUUGUUUGAAAAUCAUCAAGCCACUGCCGUUUUCCAAAAGUAUUGCUCAAUGCAUGGCUGAAUAUCAGAUCGAUGAAGUCGAUAAAUUGUGGGAAAUGUCCGAAUGGAUUCGGUUCGUACUUGAUUGGAUUGAUGAGAGCAAGAAAUCAAGUACAAAGAAAACUUUGGAUCUAAAUCAGUUAUGGCUUCCAGUGCAAAGAAGAACGAAUAUGGGACCUUUACGACCUAUAUGGCCCUGGACGAAUUUCGCAGUUGAAGAAGGACUUGUGGAAAUUCCAUGGGUCGAAAAACUGCAAUAUUUUGUAGGUCGCGCUGGAUUGCUAGCUGAUUGGAGCAAACUCAAUGCUUCAUUAAAUUGCUUGAAAUUGGACACAAAAACGAGAACGCUGGAAAGUGCUCUGUGCACUGAAAAUAUCCCGAUGAUUUGCAUUAGGCCAAGGCUGAAGUCCAUCUACUCCGACGUCAUGGGAACCGGGAACUUCACAAGGAAUGGCCAAUGCCCGUUGGGCUGGAUAACCUCUAGAUUAAUCGUCGGAAGAAACUAUUGCUACAAGGCAUUCCGUGGUGUAGAAGUCACAUUUGACGAAGCUAAAGUGGAGUGUAGAACAAGAGGAGGACAUCUAGCUAUAGCUACUGAGCUUUCGACUUCGGCCGUUUUGUUAGACAUGCUCAUUAGCAAUUUUAGUGAUCCGCGUGGUGGGUCUAUGUGGAUUGGUCUGGAGAGAAAUCCAGACGGAUAUAAGUGGAUUGAUCAUUCUAGCUGGACAUACCAACAUCAAGUCUAUUGGGGAAAUGGUGAGAUGGCACCUAUUGGCGAACCAGAAAAUGACGACAUCUAUGGAGUCUCGCUAGAUUUUGUUGAAUCAUCCGUUAGUCGUAUAAUUGCUUCGUGGCAACUUCAGCCGAAGGAAAGCAGGUUAAGGAGGUUUUUAUGCCAGCAGGAAAUAUUUCCACAACAGCAAUUAACUCUCCAAAUGCAAUUAGAUUAUGCGUUCAGACCUUUGGUAUCAAUUCAAGAAAUACCUUUACAUUUACGAGAGAUAGAUCGUCAAACUGAAAUUCACAACAGAACUCUUCUAGAAGAAAUCCAACCACGUGAAGUCGCAGACAAUGAACCACCUUCACUCUCUUUAUUGACCUGUUUUCUGGAGAACUCAACUUUCGCCGAGAAUUACGGUGCAUUAAACCAAACCACUGUAAACUUCAGUGUCAUCAAUCACGCUGAUACUCGCAACGUGAGUCUGAUGGAAUGGCAAGCAAUAGAAAUCAGCUGCGAAACAUGGGACGAAUGGUCAACUGAGAAUUUGAAAGCUUCGUGGGUCAUGUCCUACAUGGGACGUGGGUGGUUUUCGUACAUAGUUACUCUGAAACAUAGAACCGAACAAUAUCGGACCGAACAUCACGAUGCAAGUUUCCGAGCUAGUAGUAUUCAACGAGAAUCAUACAAGCACUUGGGUGUGCAUGAUACGUUUAUUCGCCAAUUCUUCGAGCUUCAUCCUCAAUACGUUGGCCAGUUUGUGUCUCCUGCUGAUCCUGUGGCCUUCGAAGCUGAGCCUUCUCCUAGCAAAUCUUUGCUAAUCAAGUAUCGCAUUGUCAUGAUGAUGAUGAUGCCUUCGAGAAAGAAAAGAGUAGUAUACGAAAUCGACGACCGUGACCCUACGCCUACCAGUAGCGAAGAAGUCUUUUUGGAAGACCUAAGGUCUUACUUUUCUUCAAAUCCAAGUUUUGAUGGACCAUUCAGUGGAAAGCUUGACUUUGUAAAUGUGAGGUCGGCAGACUUUUGCCCUAGCGAAAGUACAACUGUCGACGGGAAACUCUCUUGGCCAAGGGCAGCAAUCGGGUCUAGAGUGACACCAAUUCCUCAUUGCGUCACACCAGACGGACGCAUGCUGAGGCGACGCUGUCUCGGCAACCAAUUUACUGGAGGUUACUGGGAAUCGCUGGACCAAUAUCAGACUGGUUGCGUGAAGACAUCUCCACUCUUUGAUCAACUUAACUCAAGCAGUUGGUGGUUGGGAGAAUUGGGGAGAAGUGGCACUCUUGAGACGAUCCGGAAAUCAACUAACGACUGGAAUCCUAAUCCAGCUGAAUUGGAGCUGGUAGGAAACUUGCUGUUCAUGCUCAGCACCCACAGGCCUGACGAAGUUCUAAACAAAGAAGAUGUUGACAACUUUAACGCCGUUCUUCAUCAAAUCAAUAGUUUAAAAAUGGAAACUCUUAUUCGAGCUCAGCAAUCAUCGGCUUUUUCUUCGGAUCUGUCUCGAGCAACAGAACGUUUUUUUGCUAGGAUCAAUAUGAUGCCGGACCAUGACGGACAGCGAAAUGAACCAACGUUUCAACGAUUCAACCUGGAACUACCGUUUGUAGCUGUCACUUCAUGGGAACGUUCGAAGGAGCAUAAAAACGACAGUGUUAUUGGGUUCACAGUGUCAACAAAUGAAAGCGGCAUUGUUCACUCUGAUGCCUUGUUUAACGCUGCGACAUUUGAAAAGAUUCAAGGGUCCAACGUGACGGCCCUGCUCCCUUUCCAGACAAAUUUCAACGAAAGAGAACAAGUUAUGUUCGUUGCUUACCCAGACAGCCGAUUGGUUGAUGCUUCAGCAGCUUCUGGCCGAUUUUCUUCGGCCGUUUUUAUGUCUGAAUCGUCCUAUCCACAGCGUUGGCGUCAAAGCGAGCACUUGUUUACUGGUAAUGGUGGAAUGAUUCAGGUCAAGCUGUUUCCUCAUCCAUACCUUCUGACGAAACCACUCACGCUCUUUUUUCGACCGAGGAUUCCCACUACUGCUGAAAACAGACAUCUUCUGCGUUGUGUUUUCUGGGACGAUAAAAUAAAUUUAGGCAACGGUGGCUGGUCUACGGAUGGAUGCUGGCUGGAAGGUAGCAGAAACGGUAUGGAAGUAUGUCAUUGCAACCACUUGUCAACCUUCACGCUUCUCGUUUCUCGUUCGGAGAAAGAAUUGCAGUCUACCGUCCACGGGGCUAUCUUGAAUUUCAUAACUCUGCUGGGUUCUUCAGCUUCAAUCUUAGGACUGUUGCUCAUUUUGACUACAUUUGCCAUUUUUCCGACGUGGAGAAAACCUCUUGGUCACAAAUUUCUAGUUCAGCUCUCAGCUGCGUUAGUUCUUCUACUGAUCAUUUUCGUUGCUGGAGUGGACCGUGUCGAUAAUAGUAAAGGAUGUCGUGUGACUGCCAUCUUCUUGCAUUACUUCCUACUGGCUACGUUUUGCUGGAUGACCAUUGAAGCUUACCAUCAAUACCAGCGUUUUGUCAAAGUCUUUGGGACUUACAUGCCUCGUUUUCUGUUGAAAGCCAGCGUAGUGGCUUGGACCGUUCCAUUAGUUCCAGUCAUCACCGUCCUUAUCUACGAUGUGGAUUCGUAUACAGGAAGUGAAGGAUACUGCUGGAUACGUCCGACUGUCUUCUAUUUUUCUGUUCUCAUUCCGGUGAUCAUUCUCUUUCUAAUCAAUCUUAUUUUAUUCGCCCUUGUCGUCCGUAGUAUCGCUGCUUCAGGACGGGGAUUGCGGACCAAUCAGUCGGAGAGCAAACAAGCGAAAGAAAAAUUCGUGGCUUCCCUAAUGAAUUUUAUUUUGCUGGGAAUGUCCUGGAUUUUCGGUUUUUUUGCAAUCGGUCCAACCAACUCUGUUAUUUUUUCCUACCUGUUUUGCGUAACCACAACUUUUCAGGGCUUCUUUCUGUUCGUCCUGUAUGUUGGUAGAGAUCCAUCUGCCCGUCAGUUGUGGCUUAAAUGGUUUGGAUUUGGUAAAUCGGAUUCAAACAGCCAGAAAAACUCAAAAGCCACAUCGUCUGCUGUUGGCAACUCCAAUCAUGGCGAGUCGCAUUCUACGACCAGUACCGCAGUACCUGAGUCCACUUCUACAUCCGUCUUCUCUAACUCCCGUGAACGGACGAACAAAGGUAUCAAUAAGAAGCUUCUACAGCCCCAGCAAGAAGUAUCAACUAGUGUUUAAUUGCAGACAUAGUUACGACAAGUAUUUUACUCCAUGUAAGUUAUCAUGUUAACUACUUCUCAUUGGAAUAUUUAUCAAUAUAUAUUGGCUCGUUAAAGAAAA